CUAGCAGGGCCCGAGCUCCUCCCGCUCCACAAACCCCAAGUUGGCCUCAUCAUCCAUCAUUGAAACAGGGCUUGGCAUCAUACCAGAAGGAGUCGGCGCCGCGAAUAUUUGCCUUCACACAUUUCUUCACUGCGCGCAAAUAUCGGUUCUCUAAUACUCAUGGACUUUUUGAAGUCAGCGGUGGCAUCGGCCAUUUCCAAGGGUCCCGCGUUUGGCUACAGCUUCGGAGAUCGCGUCGAUAUUGACGAUGCGCUUUGGACCCUACAUAAUGGCACAAAACGAGAAGAUGGUUCAAAAUGCAGCAUCUUUUCAUUCGACGUAAAUGCGAAUAGAUCUCGGUUGCCUCUCGCACGCAACGCUGUACGGAAAUUGAGAACGCUGCGGCAUCCAGGGGUGGUGAAAGUCCUCGAUACGGUGGAGACCGACUCUUGGAUCUACAUUGCGACAGAGAGGCUAAGUCCGCUCAGCUGGCAUGUAAAGCGGAAGAGUUUAUCAGAAGAAACCAUAAAAUGGGGCCUCCAUAAUAUUGCUAAAACCUUGAAGUUCAUUAAUACCGAUGCCGCGUCAAUACACGGUUGUAUUCGACCUUCCUCGAUUUUCUUCAGCGAGAGUGGCGAGUGGAAGCUUGCCGGGUUCGAGGCUCUGAGCUCUAUGAAAGAUGAAGAUGCUGUGCUCCCGGCAUGUGGAAGCCUCAUCCCGGAUUCAGGACGGUACAUGCCACCAGAGGUCGCGAAAAGUGGAUGGGAAGUCAUACGCCAGAACCCUACCCAUGCCGUUGACUCAUAUAACCUGGGUACUCUUAUAUUUGAAGUUUUUAAUGGCAGUUUUCACGGCAGUGAUCAGCUCGGCCAAAUGAAGAGUAUACCUCCGAGCAUGCAUCAGUCUUACAAACGACUUCUGAAUCCAAAUCCUAAGGCACGCAUGAGUGUCUCUCAGUUUCUUGACCAAGGCAAACGCAUGGGAGGGUUUUUCCAGACACCGCUGAUUCGGGUCACGGAAGACAUCGAAAAUCUAGGGCUAAAGGCUGAUGCGGAAAGAGAUGAGCUACUCGGAAAGCUUGACGAUGUUGCAGAUGACUUUCCUGCUGAGUUCUUCAAGAUGAAAGUCCUCCCAGAGCUACUGAAAUCUGUAGAAUUCGGUGGUGGCGGUGCUAAGGUGUUCAGCACAGUCAUGAAAAUUGGAGCCAACCUUUCCGAUGAGGAAUAUGAAGCUCAGAUCACGCCAGUGGUGGUACGACUGUUUGCCAACCCUGAUCGCGCAAUUCGUGUCUGUCUACUUGACAACCUCCCUUUGAUGAUUGAUCAUCUCCCGCAGAAGCUUGUAAACGACAAGAUCUUUCCUCAGAUGGUCACCGGCUUCACUGACGUCGCCCCUGUCGUCCGCGAACAGACCGUCAAGGCUGUACUCACCGUGGUACCGAAGCUUUCUGACCGAAUAGUCAAUGGCGAACUCCUGCGAUACCUUGCCAAAACAGCGAACGACGAACAACCUGGAAUACGUACCAACACAACUAUCUGCUUGGGAAAAAUAGCACGCAACCUUGGCGCCAAUAAUCGCGCAAAAGUCCUCUCGGCGGCAUUUUCACGAUCACUAAGAGAUCCCUUCGUGCACGCACGAAAUGCAGCACUCCUGGCACUUGCCGCCACGGCUGACCUUUAUUCAGAGGACGACUGUGCAACCAAACUACUUCCCGUCAUGUGUCCGGCACUAGUCGACAAGGAAAAACUUGUUCGUGAUCAAGCUCAGAAGACUCUGGACAUCUAUCUCGCCCGUAUUCGCAAAUACACACAAUCUAUGCCUGACACCGCCCUACCAUCCCCUUCAAUCACAGCAGAGACGGGCUCAGGUGCACCCCGAAUGGGCACCCCAGCCCAGGAAAACUCCUGGGCCGGCUGGGCCAUUUCGUCAUUCACCAACAAGCUGAGCGCCGCAAGUGGAGAUAUACGUGCCAACGGUACCGCCACAACAGUUUCUCGCUCUUCCUCUGCCCCACUUAAUUCGCCCUCUACCGUAACAGAAAACGCAAAACCCGCGGCCGUCACAUUGCAGCCGAAACGGGGCAUGGCACUCAACAAGUCUUCGCCCUUAUCCCCCGACGUCGCCGCAGAUUUUAACGAUGUAGAAGAUUUUAGUAAUGACUGGAGCGGUUUCGGGGAGGAAGACUCUACCGCAACAAAAGACGAGGACCCUUGGGCUCCCGUUGCACCUACUGUGGCUAGUUCAUCUACUACCGCGUUCGACGAUAAGGGAGAGCCGGAUUUCGCAGGCUGGUUGGCAGCACAGUCCUCAUCGAAGAAGCCUCUGAAGAGCCCUCUGCCAAAGGGGCUCUCUAAGAGCACUGGAGCGACGAAGACCGCACGACCCAGUAUAGCGGGGAGGUCAAAUACAACCGGGACGACGGGGACAAGGAAAAUUGGUGUGGCGCCGAAGAAGGUGGAAAAGGCGAAAGUUGAGGAGAAGCAGAAUGAAGACGAGGAGGAAGGGUGGGCCGAUGCAUGGUAAUUGCUUGUGGAAUGAGGCUUGCGCUGUUAUACCCCAUUCUUAUAGAUAGAAGGGCCUGGCGAUGUUCGUAUGGCAUAUGAUCGUUGUACAGCACUAGGCGUUGGAACCUGAAACUGGUAAUAAUACAUGGACCAGACCGAAACCCUGAUCCGCCUAGAUCCCCCCCUUUGGGAAUCGUUGGUCGUCAAUUGUCAGUUUUCUGGAAGUUUAAGUGGCGGUCGAGGCUGAGAAAGAAUGAUGGUACACUUUUGUCCCGUCAUGUUUGCUCAUGCACUAUUCUCGGACUCCUUUUCUGUCUUUCCAAGUACAUACGCGAGACCACACCCAGCAACAUUGACGGCGCAAAGACCCAACGAUGCGCCGCGGACGACGCCCCG